AUGAACUCCCUCAACAUCAUCAGUCGCGUAUCGCCGCCCUCGACGCCCACAAAGUCGAGAUCCAACAGCCUCAACCUCGAUCCUGCUAGCCUUCUCGCCCACACUGACGACGAGGCCGACGCCGCUCCCGAGCCCGCCGGCGAGAAGGAGUCGUCGUCCUACGAGCACGCCGACACCAUGGAUGCCAGCAUCCCUCACCGGACCGCCAUUGACGACUCACCAUACAGACAGCAACAUCAUCAACAACAACAACAACAUGACCGUCAUGACUACGAUGGCGUCUCCGAGGACACCCCUCUGCUCAGCGAGAAGAAGCCCUCGUCCGGGAAACGCUCCAGCUGGUGGCACUCGGUACCGAGAAGUCUGACAUCCAGCAUCAUCGGCUCCAUCCGCUGGGUCUUUGCCACCCUCGCAUCCCCCGGCGUCUAUCUCAUUGCCUGCUUCUACGACGAUCAGGGCCUCUUCUCUCCCUGGGCGCAGAUCAAGGUCCUGUUUGGCUUCCGCAGACCUCCCAAGGACAAGCUUGCCGUCGACCCUGAACCCUAUACCUCGUCCGACCUCGACCCCGUCCACGCCUCGCAUCGUUCCCCGCAUGCGGACCGUCCGCCGUCGAGGCGCUCAUGCGUCGCCGUCGCGUCCGACUCGUCCGAGUCCGAAGACGCCAGGCCCGUGCCGUCCCCGUCGUUAUUGCCGGCGAGGCAGCAUCAUACUCGAUCCAAGUCGGCCAACACGGCCGACGACCUCGGCCCCUCACGCAAGUCGAUACGUAUCAAGCUCAACCACGACGAAGGCCUCGAGAGACGCAGGCACCGCAAGACCCAGUCGGCCGUCGCCCGCACCCGGGCCAGCGAGCUCGGCGGCGAGGAGCUCUCCGCCCACCUCAAGUCACCCACGUCGCCCAUCGCCGCCCUGACAAAGUACCCCCGCGCACCUGCCCCUCCCCGCCCCUUGAUUCCCCGCCGCCAGCCCUCGUACCUCAACAUCGAGCCCUCGCGGAAGCCCACCAAGACGCUGAUCCUCGACCUCGACGAGACGCUGAUCCACAGCAUGUCCAAGGGCGGCCGGAUGAGCACCGGCCACAUGGUCGAGGUUCGCCUCAACGCCGCCUCGCUGGGGAUGGGUGGCGGCGGCGGCAACGGCGGCGGCGGCGGCGGCGGCGGAAGUCAGCCGGUCGGACAGCACCCCAUUCUGUACUGGGUCAACAAGAGGCCCUUUUGCGACGAGUUCCUGCGUCGCGUCGUCAAGUGGUUCAACCUCGUCAUCUUUACCGCCUCGGUCCAGGAGUACGCCGACCCGGUCAUCGACUGGCUCGAGUCGGAGAAGAAGUUCUUCUCGGCACGAUACUACCGACAGCACUGCACCUACCGUCAGGGGGCCUACAUCAAAGACCUGAGCGCCGUCGAGCCUGACCUGAGCAGCGUCAUGAUACUCGACAAUAGUCCGCUGAGCUACAUGUUUCACGAAGACAACUCCAUCCCCAUCCAAGGAUGGAUCAAUGACCCGACAGACAGCGACUUGAUGCAUCUCAUCCCCUUUCUUGAAGGACUGCAGUACGUUCACGACGUGAGGUCGCUCCUGGCUCUGCGUGGAGGAGAAGACGGACAUACGGCUGCGUCUGCAUAG